AUGCCACGGCCCGCAGUUGCCGACGAUGAUGGCGUGAGCUGGCCGCUCGGCCGUCGUGUGAGAUCGUCGGGCGGCGCAAUCGAGUCGUUUUACAAACCUUCGACCUCACUGCCACGUGGCAUUCGCCGGUCUAUCCGAGCUCUCCUCCUCGCCGUCGCCAUCGUCUUGCUCGCGACAGCUCGGACCACGCUAGGCGAAAGUGAUAAUAGCGAAAGCAGGCGCGGCAGCAGAGGCAGCAGCGAGAGCAGCGCGAGCAGCGAGAGAAGCGACUUAGAUGUUUCUCAAACGCGUCUCGGGGAACGUGGGUUUGAGCACGUAGGCGAUGCGGGAAGUAAUCCAGAAGUUGUUGAUGGUGAUGGUAGUGGUGUUAAUCACUUAAUAUCUGAGGGUAACUUUAACCAUGGUAUUGAAGGAAGUGAUGAUACUGAGGAUAAUGGUGAGAAUGAGGAUUAUGAUGAUAAUGCUCAUAAUGAUGGUAAUGUGAUGAGUGGCAUUGAUGAUGGGUUAUUAGACGAUGCACUGGAGCAUGUACCCGAGGAGGAUGGAGAUGUUGAAGAGCACGAUAGCGAGUCUCCUUUUGACGAGGACGUUGAUUUGGAGGGCUGGGAUGACGCGGAUGAUGGCGAGUCUGACGUGGAUGAUGACGUGGUUGGCGCUGACGUGGAUGAGGGCACGGAUUACACAGAAGGUUGGGAUGAUUCUGCCAAUGAGGAUGAGGAUGAGGAUGAGACUGAGGAAGAUCAUGAAGAUGAGGAAGACCAUGGGGAGGAGGAAGAGAUUGAAGAUGUCGAUGGGCAGUUUGGUACAGAGGAUGAUGGUGAUGAUGAUGAGAAUUAUGAUAAUGAAUCAGAUCACGGUUCGGGAUCAGAUUGGGAUUCGAUGCCGGAUAUAGAUACAGAUUUCGAUCUGAGCAGCAUAUUCGCGUAUGAGAGGGAAGGUUCCGCGAUGGUGCCUCUGCCACAGAGGGAGGCGCGACUGGUGGAGGAUUUGCUGACGUGGAUGGAGAAGCACGGGGACCAAUCGGUGGAAGGGGGUGUACGAUCAAAGAUCCAGGUCCUAGCCAUUUCCUCCCCCGCCUUCUACUCCUGCGUGCCGCCCUCCCCCCCGCUCCCCCCGCGCCUCCCCCUGGGCAUCCUAGCUUCCGCCACCACCCCCGCUGGCUCCCCCCUCGCCUCCAUCCCCUUCCCCCUCUGGCUCUCCCGACUGCACGGGGGGUGGGAUUUCCGCCUCUCCCGCCCCGCCUCUCCCCCGCCCGCCCCUUACAAGAACGCUGGGGACGAUGUGACUGUAGCCGCAUGGUUAUUAAGAGAGUGGAGGAAGGGUAAGGAGUCUUUUUACUCCCCGUGGAUUAAUCUCCUGCCGGGGUAUGUGCCGCUGCCGAUUUUCUGGGAUGAGGGGACGCUGGGGGAGUUAGAUAGUGGGGAGGCUAUAGAGAGAAUAGAGGAGGCGGUUAGGUAUGUUGAGGAGGCGUUUUCUCUUUGUUCUGAUGAGAGUAUCGCGGGUGCUUCUAUGGAUGAAUUCAAAUGGGCGGUUGCGAUCGUGUGGUCGCGAUCCGUGCCGAUCUCGGCCGUUGGUUUGAAGAGAAGGGGGAAAAGGGGGAGGAGGAAAAGGAGGGGGGGAGGAGGGAAGGGAGAGCAGGAGGAGGAGGAUGAGGAGGAGUUUUGGCAGUAUAUGGAGGAGGAGGCGGAGAGGGAGGAUGAGGAGGGAGAGGGGGAGGGAGGGGAGGGGGCGGAAGGGGAGGAGGUGCACAUGCUGCUGCCGUUACUAGAUCUCUUCAACCACGAGUUCUACUACACGGCAGACUGGCAGCCCACUAUCCACUCCUCCACUGCCGACAUCAACAUCUUUGCUGCUGACGUCAUCUCGCCAGGCCAGCCAAUCAGCGUGGGCUAUGGGUCCAUGGACACCGCCCAGUUCCUGCUGCUGUACGGCUUCGUGCCGCCCAACAACCCGUUCGACCGAUUCGUCCUUUUCGAAAACGCCGAUGCACUUCUUGACUACUACGAGACGAAAUAUCUUGCUGCCACGUCAGGAGGAUCAAUGCGAGAAAAAGACACAUCAUUAGAAAAGGAAGCAGAAGGGACGGAGGGAGGAGGAGAAGGAGGAGGAGGAGGAGGGGCAGCAGCAGCAACAGCAGGUUCUGAUGCUGGUACUAUAGCUGGAAGUGAUAAUGAUAAUGAAUCAGGCUAUACUGAGAAAUACCCGUGGCUGACUGGUUCGUUUGACCGAGACUCAGCCGCAGCUUCGGUGACCGCCGCCAUAGCUGCCGUGGAGGCUCGGCAGGCGGACUACACAGCCGAGCACGACUUGGAUCGGCAGCUGCUAGGCAUGGCAGCAGGGGCGGUGGCAGGUUCGGAAGCACUAGCAAUAGGCAGGGAGGGGUAUGUGGAUGCACGGCUGCUAGCUGCUCUGGCUGUGAUCGGCAUGCCAACACAUGGCCCUACCUUUGACUUCCAAGCCCUGGCCGAAACCAUUCUGCGCUUUGUGUUUCGAGACGGGGUCACCUGUGGCACUCUCAAGCAACAGCAGACGUAUCACCUGGCCGUCUUAGAAGCAGCAGGAGCGGAGGGCGCAGCAGGAGGGGAGGGAGUAGAAGGAGGGGAGGGAGUAGAAGGAGGGAAGGAAGCAACAGGGGCAGGGGAGGGUAGUGGUAAAGACAGACCACACAGUAAGGCAGUGGAGACAGCUGCACGCUCAGCAAUGCUUGCAGGCUCCAUUAUAAGAGCUGCUGACGUGUUACGUAACGUUGUGCGCGCUACACUGCGCGGAUUCAAGAGCACGUUCACAGAGGAUUAUAACCUGCUAAAGAAGACGCUUGUAGAGGAUGCAUCGUGUGAAAUGGGAAACAGUGGAAGGGGAGGCAACAGGGGUGGUAGCAGCAGGAGGAGGGAAGAAGAUGUGAGGGGAAGUGAAGGGACAUGUGGGGUUCCUGUCUUGCAGCUUCCAGAGGAAAAGGUUCAGGCUAUUAAGUUCCGACUUUCAGCUAAGCAACUGCUGUUGCGGGCUCUUAGCUUUUUAGAAGACGUGUGUCCAGAAGAGGGGAUGUAUGAUCUUGAUUAUGCUACUGAGUCAGAUAAUACUGGGGAUGACAAUGCCAGUAGUGAUAGUGAUUGA